AUGGGCAUGUUGUGGAUGUAUAUGUGCUUGGGCGAAGGGAUAAUGGGGGAAGCGUUUCGGUUUUGUUCGUAUGGCCGGAGUGCAGUCAGAGAAAGAAUUGGAGAGGAGGUUUAAUGAUUUCUGGAUUGGAUCAUAUAAGGUCAGGGUGAAGGUUGCUGAUGAGAAUAGAAGAUCAGGUAUGGGAGUGCGAGAGGGACAAAGGGUGGCUAAGGAACGUCAGCCAAGGAGCAGGAUGGAUAGACUUGUUCAACCGGGUCAAUCAUAUGCACAAGUAGUGGUGGGCAUUCGAUCAGAAAUUAAGGAGCGUUCUGCUCAUGCUAGGAGAGUGGGUGAGAUGGAUGUGCAGGUUAUGCAGAAGGAGGCGGAAGAGGUUAGCUGGCUUGAAGGAAGUAUGGUGGCAGUGGUUAGGUCGGUAGCAUCGAUAACCAGUAUUCAAGAGAGGAUAGCUGUGGAUGGGGGGGUGAUCACGGUAUCUCUAUUGGGAGGAAGGCGAGUGUUAUUAACGGAACAUGAAGUAGUAUCUAGAAUUGUUAAACUGAAAGUGGAUGACCAGCUGUAUUCGGUAGGGGUGGCAGAGGAGGAAUGGCGCUCCGAUCCUGACUUCUGGCUGACGAACGACGACUGGGAGACCGAAACAGAAUUGGAAUCCGACUAUUCUUCGUUGCAAAACAGAAAUGAGGAUUAUGACUUGAUUUUGGCCGAAAAUGGAGGGGGGAAUGAGGAGAAUUUUAAUGAUGAGAAUCUGUUAGAGAAGGAAGGCGUUUUGAAUUUUAAAAGUAACUCUGCAAUGGAAACUGAUGCAAAGGAGUGUUCGAAAACAGAAGCUGAUGACGAUGAUGAAUGUGGUGGGCCUACUAAAGCCACUAUAGUAGAUGAGGAUGGCACGACCUCUGUUCAGCUUUUGGAAAACAAGAGCUUCACGGGUAGAAGAAGGAAGCAGAUCGGGGAAUCCUAUUCACAAAAAAUGGUAGAAAUUGAGGAUAAUAGAACUUCGUGGGUUACAACAAGAUCAAAGCAGCGACAAAAAAGGUGGAAGCAAGCUCAACAAAAGGCAUUGGUGAAGGUAUGUGGUAGUUUUUUCUUUCAAAUGGGAUUGGGGGGAGUGUUGAAGAGGAAGGAGGUAAGGAAAGAGAGACCUGAUUUUUUGUUGUUGCAGGAAACUAAAUUGCAAAGGGUUGAUGGGAUUUUGUGUAGGGGGUUGUGGUAUUCAGAUGGCUGUGAUUGGGCUAUGAUGGAGUCGUUGGGUGCUUCUGGAGGUUUGCUUUGUAUCUGGGAUAAAGUUAAAUUUGUCAAGUUAGGAGAGUUUACUGGGGAUGGCUUUUUGGUCAUUAAAUGGGUUUGGGGUCCGAAGAAGGUGUUGUGCUAUUUUGUGAAUGUUUAUGCUCCGCAAGAUAGGCACACUAAGGUCAGAUUAUGGGAGGAGUUGGGUAAGAUGGUUAUGGAAAAGGGUGGACGCUGGUUGAUUGCAGGACUAAUUGAUAUCAUACUAGCAAAUAGGCGUUUUACAUGGUGCCGUCCGGAUGGCUCUUCUAUGAGUCGAUUGGAUAGAUUUUUUAUGACGGAGGAGAUGUAUGAAAUGGGGAACGAGUGGAUGCAGAAGGGGAUGCAAAAGAUUGUGCCAGAUCAUUGGCUGUUAUCUUGCAUACAACAAGGCUGGAAUAGGGAAGUGUUUGGGAAUGUUGAUGCUCAAUUUGAAAAAGUAACAAAUAUGGUGGAUCAGUUGGACAUGAAGAAUGAAGAUUUUGACUUGGAAGAGUUUGAGUUGAGUCAACGACAAGAGGGAGUGCAGGAAAUGUGGGAUAUUUUGAGAAAAAGAGAGGUUAUAUGGAGGCAAAAAUCGAGAAGCAACUGGGUGAAGUUGGGUGAUGCAAACACUAGAUUUUUCCAUAAAGUUGCGAAUGGUAGAAAGGCACAGAAUAAUAUAAUGGGCCUCAUUUGUGAUGGUCGUUGGGUGGAGGAGCCGGAUUUGGUUAAAAGGGAGAUUGCCAAAUAUUUUUCUAGGUUGUUUCAAGGUGACUUAUGGAACAGACCUAAGUCGACUGGGAUAUGUUUACAACAGAUUUCUGAGGAGAGGAAAGUGUGGUUGGAGAGACCAUUUUCAACUGAAGAGAUUGAAGAACGGUUAAGGAGCUGUGAGGGCACUAAGGCACUGGGGCCUGAUGGGUAUAAUUUCAAUUUCAUCAAAUUCGCUUGGAGUACUUUAAAGGAAGAUUUUGUCAACUUCUUCAAUGAAUUUUAUCAAAAUGGCAAGUUAGUAAAAGGUAUAAAUUCUUCCUUUUUGACUUUAAUUCCAAAGAAGCAUAAUCCUACAGAGUUGAAGGAUUAUUGUCCUAUUAGUCUGAUUGGGUGUGACUAUAAAUUGUUGGCAAAGGUGUUAGCUAAUAGACUUAAAUUGGUGAUGCCAGAGAUUAUUAGUGAAACUCAAUCUGCUUUCUUGGGGGGUCGUCAAUUGAUAGAUGAUGUUUUAGCUUUGAAUGAAGUUGUGGAUGAAGUGAAGAAGAGUAAAUAGCAAGCUUUUGUUUUCAAAGCAGAUUUCGAAAAAGCUUAUGAUUGUGUUGAUUGGUCGUUUUUGGAUUGGAUGAUGGAACAAUUUGGUUUUGGCGUUAGGUGGCGAGGUUGGAUUAAGGAGUGUUUAUCGACAGCAAAGGUUUCAGUUUUAGUCAAUGGUAGUCCGACUGAGGAGUUUGGGGUUGGAAACGGUUUAAGGCAAGGUGAUCCUUUGUCUCCUUUUCUUUUUUUGAUGGUUGGGGAAGGAUUACAUGGAUUACUCAAAAAAGCUGAAUCGGAAGGUUUGUUUAGAGGUGUUUCUAUAGGGAGAAGGGGUUUGGUUAUAUCUUUACUUCAAUUUGUGGAUGAUACGGUGAUUUUGGGUAAAGUUGAUGCGGAGAAUAUUUUCGUGGUUAAAAUCGUGCUACUAUGGUUUGACUUGAUGUCGAGGCUACGGAUUAAUUUCAGUAAAAGCAAUGUUUAUGGAUUUAAUGUCUCGUCGAGAUGGUUAAAUGGGGUAGCAUGGUCUUUGCAGUG